AUGCCGAAGACACCAAAAACGCCAACACCGACCGUGUCGCCGAAGACCCCUUACCAAAGGCCUAGAAGUUCAAGAGGGGAUUCUGUGAGUUCAACCAGUACCGAUACCGUAGCUUCUACGAGAUGGGACACGAUCGCGCAAGCGCUAUUGGACACUGCGAAACUCCCGCCCAUCAGGACUCGUCUAAGCCAGGGGCUGCCACCAGGAUGGGGCAAGAGAUACAAACGAAACAUCGUGACCCUUGUAACGAAGUACGACCAGGAGGCCAACCUCAACAUAACACCCGAAAAACUCGUAAUGAGGCGUGCCCUCGUGGCGUUAAGCCACCAAGAUGCGUACAAGUGGUCUGCUAACAACCCCCCAACGGAGGAUCUGAAAUAUUUCUGGACGGACGAGGACUCGGGCCGUAUUUUGGAAGGCGUUGUUUUUAAAAACGUGCAUGAGGAGUACCAAACCCUGCUGGAGAAGGUGCAUCAAGAGAGGAGUAGGAUUGCCGAGGACGUGGAUGCUACGAUCAGCCCCUCUCGCACACUUGCCCUGCUCGAGAAGAAGCUCCGGAAGAUAACACAUGAUAGUCAGCAACAGGUGCACACCGCCGUGGAAACCGUAUUGGAAAAUAGCACACUUGGGCUUGGACAACUCUCGCUUGGGUCACCAGGCGGCAGCAAAACGGAAAAGCUGCAAAAACGAAUCCAUAAAAAGACAGAAGAGGUCGAACGGUUGCGACAGGAGAAUCAGAGACUACAGGAUGUGAUGGCGACCAUGAACCCGGAUUCAUUUGAAAGGUAUCGCGGCUAUGCCAUUGAUGUCCGGACCCGCGCCGUCAUCACGUUUAUGAAAAACAAGACGAAGUAUGAGUAUACCGCCAAUGCUAACGCUGAAGCGGCCCGGGUUGCCGUCAGAGACUGUAUGGACCGGGUCCCAGAAGAAGAUGGCGCGCAAGAGAUUGUCGUGCCGCAGCCGUUCUCCACAGGCACAUCUGCCAUCCGCGCAACGGCCUUAUCUAGACGCUUUCACGGGGCCGACUUUCUCAUGGACUGCGAAAUUGUAGCUGACAAGCUGGCUCUGGAUCGCCACGGCGAAGCGGCGCGUGAUACUCUCAGUCCCGUAUUAGUCUACCCCCCCCAACCCCCGAACGGGCCGGACUUCAUAACGGUUUUCGGCAUGAAUACCACACCACGGCCCCCGGCGGAUGAGAGGAGCUGGCAGAUGGUGCACGACCAAAUCUUCAAAGCCAUGUAUGGCCUAGAACCCGUGGAGGCCAGGUACAUUCGUAAGUGA